AUGGCUGGUACUGCUGCAGGAGAGCUUCUGCCUCCAUAUGUAAUUUAUAAAGCUAACAAUAUUUAUGAUACUUGGACUACCGGUGGACCUAAAGGCACACGUUACAAUAGAACGGCAUCUGAAAAUUCUACCCAUUUAACGCAGCCUAUAGACAUCGCUUUCUUUAGGCCCAUGAAAAUGGCUUGGAGAAACAUUUUACUUAAAUGGAAAAAAACAGAUGGCAGAACCCAAGCUUCAGUACCGAAAGGGUGCUUCCCAAGACUAUUAAAAGUCCUUAUAAAUGAAUUGUCCGACAAUGUUGAGACGAACCUUAAAGCUGGUUUUCGAAAAGCCGGUAUUAUUCCUGUUGAUCGUGACCAAGUCCUAUCAAGACUCCCAAGUAGCGAAAAUGAAGAUCCCAAUAAAUCAAGGUAUGCAGUAGACAAAUCAGUCUUGCAACUACUUAAAGAAAUGAGAUAUGGCACAAUGAAUAUUAAGAACAAUAAAAAGAAAGUAAGAGUUAUUCCUGGAAAACUGGUUAAUAUUGACCCCGAAAGUAAAGACCUUGAAAAUAAAAUAGUAAACACACCUACGCAAAAAAAAGAAGUACAAAAACUUAUUGAUAAACUGAAUUAUGAUUUCAUGAAUAAGGAUUCGACAGAAUCUAAGAGUAAAAAAAAAAUUAAUGAUUCUCAACAACAACAAGAUGAAGAAUUCAUCAUUAACUACAUUGAUGAAAGUGCAUCGAUCAUAGAUUACUUACCUGAUAUAGAAACAAAUAACAUUUUUAGUGAAUUCAAAGAUCCAGCACAGGGUGAGAUGUGUGACACUCACAAUACCAAGGUUGUAGAUUUAGAAAAAAAGGAAAAUAAAACAAUAAAACAGAAAAAUGUUGAAAUUAUUUUUAUAGAAAAAAUCAAGAAUACUAGAAGUGGGGUGAAUUUAAAGAAGUGUAAAAAAAUACCAUUGAAUACUGUAAAAAAUAUAAAAAAAGAAAAAACUCGACAACAAUUACCAAGUAAUACAAAAAAUCGACAUUAUUACAAAAGUGAUGCUGAAAUUUUAAAGGCUUUGGACGAUGACAGUAUUUAA